GACACUGACAGUUAACCAAAAAUCAAAACAAAAGUGAAAUGCGACCUAACCUUAAAUUUAUAGUAAAAACUAGCUUUGGAGUAUUAUUUUUAUUUUUCUAUUGUGAAUUUCUUAUCUUCUAUGCAGUACAACUUAACUGUGACUGGCCAGAAUUAAACCCUGAAAACGAAGAUACAUCUAUAGAGCCUUCCAAUGAAGACCCCGUUAAAAUUAUGGUUAUUGCAGAUACACACUUAUUGGGUUCCAGAAAGGGACAUUGGUUUGAUAAGCUACGAAGGGAGUGGCAAAUGUAUAGGGCAUUUCAAAGUGCCAUGACUUUGCACAAACCUGACUUGGUGUUUGUACUAGGUGAUCUUACUGACGAAGGAUUGUAUUGUAGCAGUACUGAGUUUGAGUAUUAUGUGAAUAGAUUUUACAGUUUAUUUGCUGUUCCAGAAGGAACAAAAAUUUAUGUUGCUGUUGGAAACCAUGAUAUAGGCUUCCAUUACGGUGUCAGUCCAUACCUAAAUCAAAGAUUUGCAAAGGCAUUUGAUGCUCCAGUAGUCAGAAUGAUUAGCCUCAGAGGCAACCAUUUUGUUCUUAUAAAUAGUAUGGCUUUAGAAGGAGAUGGAUGCUUUUUGUGUAAACCUGCUGAGCAACAAUUAACAAAAAUUGAAAAAAUUUUAAAAUGUACAAAAGGAACAUACACCGAAAAGUGUAAGCCAAAUAUGAAAUUAGCAAAAUAUAGUCGACCCAUAUUGAUGCAGCAUUAUCCUUUAUACAGACAGUCAGAUAUGGAAUGCAACGAUUUUGACGCCGCCCCUUUUCCUAUCAAACAAGAAAGAUUUAGAGAAAGAUGGGAAUGCUUGAGUCAAGAAGCUACUUAUCAGUUACUCAGUCAAGUUAAACCUAGGUUGUCUUUGUCUGGACACACACAUCAUGGAUGCACUCGUCCGCUUCCUGUAGGAGAGGGUUUGGAAGUGACGAUACCGAGUUUUAGUUGGAGAAACAAGGAUAACCCUAACUAUUUGUUGGCUACAAUCACACCCAACAACUACGCCUACUUUAAAUGUGAGCUUCCUAGAGAAUCGACAGUAAUCAACCUCUAUCUUUUCGGAACAUCAAUAUUUAUUAUUUGGUUACUCUACUCAUUAAUGUGUAGAAGUAAGCGAAAAUAUAAAUUUCGCUGACACAAUUUUGCUUUAUGUUAAGUUUAUUAUGUAUACAAAGGUUACCUUUUCAGUUAUUAUUUUUAUUUAUAUCAAAAUAUGCUUUAUUUAUUAGUAUUUUAAAUUUGACAGUUCAUUUGAUAAAGAACGAGUUGUUUUUAAUGGAAAAAUAUGUAAUGGUGGUGGUGACACAAUGAUGUCUUGUUGAGGUUAAGUUUGUAUGUAAUAUGUAAAAAUUUUGCUUUAUGUUACCUAAGCUUGUUACAUAUACCUUUUUAGUUACUAUUUAUAUUUAUAUCAUGCUUUAUUUAUUACUAUUUUAAAUUUAACUGUUCUAUCGACAAAGAAUGAGUUGUUUUAAAUGUAAAAAUAGGUAAUGGUUACGAUGGCGUCACGAUGAUGUCUUGUUGAGGUUGAGGUUAUGUUUUUAAGCAAAACCUUUAAAUAAACUGACUCCUCAGUUGUGAACGGCUAUCCAAUUUGUAGACAGUUGAUAUUAAUAUAGCACAAAUAUAUUGUACAAUAAUUCAGGGCUUUACAAUACAAAAAGCAUAUUGUAUUAAGUGCAUAUACUUCAUCUAAUUUACUUACCGACGCACGUCAUUAUCAUUGACAGAGAUCGAAGUUGACAUAGUUGCCAAAGUAUAAAAAAAUCCUGACUCCAUUUUAAAUUAAAUAGGUCACAUAAUUAUUGCAAAAGUAUUACCAUCUCUUUAAAACGACUAUUUAAAUUCUUACUGGACAUUUUUGAAAUAAAACACAAUUUUGUUCUAAAAAGCACAUUUUUAUUAAAUAGGUAAAAAUAUAAAACAAGAGGUAUUCACUUUAAAAUUCAAAAUAAUAAAGUUCAAAAAGUGUCAACACCGCAACUGUCAAAUAAGUGUUACCAAUGUAUGCCAAAAUUUCACCUUUGUUCGAUUACAGUUACAGUGUGUUCCGAACAAAUGUUCUUUAUAAAAACGCUUUAUAAUACAUUUAUACAAAUUAAAUGAAACAUAUUAUUGUGUAUUUCUUUAAGUUAACAUUAAUAGAAAUCUUUAAAAAUAUUAUUUCUACGCGUAUAUAAUAAAAUAUGUAGUGGCUGUAAUGCCAGUGUACUCGGCAAAGUGACUCUAAAAAGGAACUCACCUACCGCCUGAAUAUUUCGUGUUGGUAUCAUGUGACGUCACGAACUAUGACGCUGAUGACGUGCAUCGGUAUGUAAAUUAGUUGAAGUAUAUAUAGGAUGAUCAACUUCUGUGACAAAGGUCGUUAUAUCUGUUAUUAUAUUAGAGGUACCAAGAAAAGCUAUUUAAGAAAAUAGAAGGUAGCUGUAAGCUUCACAUUUUAAAAUUAGUUACGAAUAUACAGUUCUAUAUACGUGUAUGUCUUCCAUAACACUGUAAGGUAUCAUAGGUCUGUUUUUUUUUUAAUGAAACUGCUUACCGAUUAAAAUUUGCUUUACUUAUUAGUUGCAGGGAUACAAAGUUAUUCUGUGUUAUUCAGUGAUUUUAAGAAUGUAUAGCCAAAUUUCAAUGAACAUUGUAACAAGUUCAAUGACAUGUAUAUAACUGAAAACAAGUAUAGCAGCAACGGCCUGUUGUAGCCAUAGUUUUUAAGUGAUUGUCAAAUUUCAUAAGAAUGAUUUAUUUUUCUAAUCUUUAAAUUUAAUACACGGUAAGUCAAAACACAAAUUCACUAUUUUUUAUAUUGUCUCAAGUUGGUCAUUCAAUUAUAUCUGUUUUUAAUUUGUUCAAUUUCCAUAGAUUCUAACAAAGAUAGCUUAAGGCCUUUAUUUUGAAUGUGAAGAAUUUUAAAUUCUUCCUUAAAAGAAUGAUUAUGAUUUAGAAGGUGAAGUGCGUAUGUAGAAUCUAUUUUUCUGUUAUUGAAAGCCCUUUUAUGUUCUGCUAUUCGUUUAUUAAAAUUUCUACCAGUUUGACCGAUGUAAGCUUUUGGGCAGUCGCCACAUUUAAGUUUUAAACACCACUGUGUAAGUGUUUUCUAUUUUGGCUCUUGUUAUUUUUAAUAUAUUUGCCUAAGUUGUUAUUUGUUCUGAAAGCUGGUGUUAUUCCUUUCUUUUUUAUGUGUUUAGCUAUUUUUUUUUGUUAUGUUGCCUCUAUAAUGUAAUCGAGCAGAAGGUACUGGGUUUUUUCUCUGGUGGUGGAAAUACUAAUUUCAUUGCUUUCUUGUGUGGUUUUUGAUUUAAGAUUUUAUUAAUUGUUUCUUGGUUGUAUCCAUUGUUUACUGCUAUUUGCUUAAUGAUAUUUAAUUCUGUCUCAAAGUUGUAUUUUGACAUCGGAAUUUCUGUUCAUCUAUGUAAAACACUAUGAUAGGCUGCCAGUUUAUGUUCUAUGGGAUGGGACGAUGAAUUGUGUAUAGUCGUGUCAGUAUGGGUAGGUUUAUGAAAUAUGAAGAAGUCAUGUUUGUUUUUAGUCUGAUAAUUUUUAAAUCUAAAAAAGUUAUGGAAUGAUUUUUUUCUGUUUCUAUUGUAAAUUCAAUAUGACUAUGAAGUUAAUUAAUAUACGAUAAAAAUUGGUAUCUCCGCCAAUAUAAAAAGUGUUUGAAUGUGGGAUGUUUUGAAAUCUUUGUCUCUAGAUGAUCCAUAAAAAUAUCUGAUAGCAAUGGGCUUAGAGCAUUGCCCAUUAUAAGUCCUGCACUGUUAUUUGUAUAUAUUUGAUUAUUAAAUUCAAAGUAGUCCUGGUUUAUGCAAAUUUCAAGAAGAUGUAAAAUUUCAGAUGUUAUGGUUGGAUUUGUACUAUUUUGGUCUAAAAGGUUUUUUACUAGAAUGAAAGUUUAUGUAGGAGGAAUACUAGGAAAAAGAUUUUUUACGUCAAAUAAAAUUAAUCUAGAGUUGUUAUUUUGCCUAUUAGGUAAUUGAAAAUGUUGUAGUUUAUUAACUAGUUCUAUUGUAUUUUUUAUGGUAAAUUUAGGUGAAAAUUUAGUGUGUUCUAAAAUAAUCACAGCUUAAUAUGUCUAUUUAAGGGAAAUUACUCUCACUAUUACUGCUGUUAUCGUCUGUUAACGUAAUCACCACGGAUUUGAUUGUAAUGUCAACAUGAACAUCCAAUUCCCACAUUCGUUUUCCUCCUUACUUAUAUGGAAAAUAGCAUUCUGCUAUGCUAAUAGCGUAAACUCAUCAAUAGCAAUAUUUAGCAGACGUCUUAUAUCUUCAAUUUUAAAAGUUACAUUAUGACUUGCCACAUAACGCUUUGUUUGUGCCCAGAUUAACACAAUCAGGUUAAUUUCGCAGUGAUAUGGUGAAAGUUUUAAAACAGUAACACCUCAAGCACGGGCCAUUCUACCCACUACGUAAUUGAUGUGAUUAGGGCGAUGUUGUUUGAUUAAACACAUCAACUCUACCUAGUUGCAUUCUCAUAGUACGGAAUAUUUUUCCCGGGGCCAUUUUACCAUUUCAACCUUUCGGCUGUUUAAAGUGGGAAUUUGUUCACUUCAGCCACUAUGAUAUGAUGAAUUAUCCAUAACGAUGACAGAGUUAUCUUCAACACGUUGCAGAACAUAUUGAAAUCACUAUGCGAAACCAUCUGCAUUCAUGCCCUUAUGAUAAUGACCGGCUUUUUUAUAAAAAAAAACUGAACCACCGCUCUUUAGAAAGCCGUUGUCACUUCCAAUAUGUACAGAUGUUUUUAGUAGUAUGUCCAGCAUUGGCCCAAGUUGAUUUCAGGUUUCUCUAUAUACACUAUCCUGUUGUAUUUGACAUAAGUAAAUUCCAAUUUGUGUUACUGCUUACGCAAGGUUUCACCAUUUAUUUGGGGAAUUACUUCAUUAGUUUUGAAUGCAGAAAAGAUUUUGUUUAGAGUAUGAAUUUUCUUAUUAAAAUAAAAAGAAUGCUCAGUACGUGUUAUUUCUGAAUUAUUAUGUUCAUUAAAUUCAAUUGGUUUUCGACCUCGUAGAUGUGCCUGUGGGACCUGAACCUCAUUCAAGCGUUGUUUUUGACGGACAAUCCUGUAAACAGGGAUGACAAUACUCCUCCCAUACUUUCACAAUGACUUAUUGCCUCCGCUUUAGACAAUAUUUUUCUCAAAUACAUAUUAGACACUUUUAUUUUUUACCUUUAAGUCCUAACUGUUUUGCGAGAACUUUUUAUAUUUACACUUUCCCUGUUAGUACUAUUAAACAAAAGCAAUAUAUCAUUAAACACAAGGGCACCUGUAUACUACUAACAGACAAUGUAUCUAACUCUGAGAAAGCUAAAUAUAUACUGACCAUAUACGCAUCAUUUCUCCGCUACUGACACGUUUCCUGGUCAUAACGAUAACGUAAACGUAAGUGAUUACGUUCAUGACUCAUUUCAUUAUUUAUUUGCUGGAGUAUAGAUUUAAAGAGUAUUAGAAAAAUCAAUUACUUAUCUUUUGAAUAUUGGUAAUCUAAAAACUGUGUCUAUAACAGGUCGUUGCUUUUGUACCGCUUUUCAAUUAUACAGGGCGUUUAACUUGUUACAAUAUUCGUUAAAAUUUGGUUCUUCUUCUUCUUCAGUGCCUUAUCAGGUCCGAAUGUUGGCGAUCAUCAAGGGUAUCAUGGUUUUGUUGACUGCUCCGCGAAACAGCUCCGCUGAGGUCAUCCCAAACCAUUGGUUAUACAUUUAAUUUAGUUAUAUAUUUAAAAUUUGGUUAUACAUUUUUAAAUACCCUGUACCUGUAACACUAAAACAACUUUGUAUUCUUUUAAAAAAUGAAGUGAGGCGGAUUUUUAAUUUAAAUAGGUAAUAGUUUGUAAUGCAAUACAUGGUGUUUCAUUACAAAAAAAAACAUAUCGUUGAUGCGAUGCAAUGUUGUGAGAUACCCUAUAUAUGUUAUAUUCGUAACUAAUUUUUAUAAAUACCUUUUAUUUUUAUAAAUAGCUUUUUGUGGUAUCCAAUAACAGAUAUAACGGACUUCGGUACAAAAUUUGAUCGUCCUGUAUAUCGUUUAAUAUACGAAUUUAUAAUAAUAACCUUACAGUUUCAUCAUUUCAUAAUUCUCUAUAUUUUCUGCUUUUUCGACAGUACGACAACUCUGUACAAUAAUGUUAACGUCAAAAUUGGAUGCCGGUUUUAUAUUGGCAUAAAAUAAAGAAAUAUACUCGGUUCGCUCAACUUUGGAAUAUUUUGACAGAUUCAUUAGCGGAAACAUUGUGGAAACACAAAUAUUCCUAACUCUCACUAAUAUUAGCCCAAAUAAACUAUUGCAGCCUUUGCACCAAGUGUUGCUGCCUUUUUCAUUAAAAAAUGAAAAAUAAUCAUGAAUAAUGGGGGUAUGAAUAAUUCAUUAAUUUUUAGUAAAAACUUUCAUUUCAUUUCAAUAAAAACCUUUGACUUGCAACUUUUAUAUAACGUGCUCAUAGACGCUAUUGUCUAUGAGCACGUGUGCUUGAUUGUAUAAUAACUUCCAGUCGGUUAAAGUUUCACCAACGUAGCAAAAAAUAAUUACUAAAUUUACUUGACAGUUGGGACUGAAUUCAGCGAAACGAGUAUCACUGGGGAAUGCAUAUUGAGAACAUUUUAUUUUUAUAUGAUUUUUAUCUUUUAUUGAAGUAUUGAAAGAAGUUUUACAUUUUUUAGAAAUAUGUGGUAUGUUUUCCGUAAGAUAUUUAAUUAUUUAAGGAUUAUUUUAAUCCAAAAUAUGUACGUAUUUGAUAGUAUAAAAUGUUAUGUGUAAUUUUGUUAUAAUUGUUCUUGGUAUUGGUUAUUUCUAAGCAUUGAGUUAAGAAAAUUAUGAGGCUCGAAGGAAAUUGGUAUUAUGUAUUUUAUUUACAAUAAGUUAUAUUAUGAAAUUUUUGUAGAAAUACGAAAUACGUUGAUAAUUACAUGUAUAUUUAUAAAUGGAAUUAAUGUGACAAAAAAAUGCGCAUAUUCUUUCAAUAGUAUUAUCACAGUAUUAUUGAUGGUUUUGUUUUGUUGAGGAUCAGUUUUCCUUAUUAGAAUUUCUCCUGGUGUUCCUGUCUUGUAUUAUAACAAUGUCAGUAUCAUCUACGAAAUGGUUUUCCAGUUCGUUUCUACUCCUCUUCUACUUAUAGAAGUAAUUGUAUGUUAUUACAUUUUGACACUAGAUACUACAGUAGUGGUAGUAUUGUGUAUAAAUAGAUAUGUUCCUUAGUUUUCUAGUGUAGCAAUAGUUGUAAAAAGUGUAAAAAGUCGUUCCUUUGCAACUUAGACAAGAGAGAGUACACGUUUGGUGGGCGAGCAUUUCCGCGAGCAUCAUGUUUUGGUGGCUGUAAAAUUCGAAAUAAAAAACGUUUAUACCUGAUAUUUUUAAGAAUUUUAAUCUAAUAAAACAUUUACUGUACAAAAAUGUUUCGUUUUAAAUAGGGAUUUGAAUAGGGUGCCGAUUUUGGUAUUAGUUAAUUCCAUACAACUACGCGUCCAGUCUCUUUCCUUGUCUAAGCUUUGCAAAGUGUAGUGCUACACCAGUCUGUUCCAUUAAAAAGUUUAGCAAAAAGUCUAACACCAGUGUAGAUAAAUCUUCGGGUGCUUCUGAGAGGGUGACUAUCUACACUCGUGACAUUCGUCUUGGGCAGUAUCAUCCAACGGAGUUUGACAACUGUUUAGCUGUACGAUGUGUUUGUUUACAAAAAAUAUCUUGUUCUUUUUAGUUUAAUUUAAAUUUAAAAACUUUAAAAAGCUUUUAGUAAUUUUUAAAACUGAAGUACACACCUACCUACAAAUUUUAAUUUCAUUACUCAUUUUUAUAAUUUUUUUUAAAGAUACCUUGCUAAUUAUAAUAAAGAUUAUCUAAAUUAAAGAAGGAAAAUCAAAAGUAGAAGAAACCC